UGGUGAAAGUAAGUACACUUCCUGCUGUCGAAGUAUGGAACGGCAAUAAUGUUUCUACCCACAUCCUCAAAGAAGGGAAAUUAUUCAUAUUUUAUUGCAGUAGAUGUGGGGGAGAAUCCUGAAUCCUGUGGUGAUUAGCGGAGUUCGUCUCACUUGGAGUGCCAGAAGUCUCUUCACCAUGCAGCUGAAGACUACAGAGUUCAAGUCCUUAUUCAGCGAUGGACUGAAUGGCAUAGCAGAGAUCUUUGAGAAGCACAAGUUUGAGCUGAGGAUAGCAGGGGGUGCUGUGAGGGACCUCUUGUCUGGGAAGCGGCCAGAGGAUGUGGACUUUGCGACCACAGCAACACCAGAGGAGAUGAAGAGCAUGUUCCAGAAGGCAGGGAUCAGGAUGAUCAACAAUAAAGGGGAGAAGCAUGGGACCAUCACUGCUCGACUUCACAAUGAGAACUUUGAAGUGACCACACUGCGCGUAGAUGUUGAGACGGAUGGACGUCAUGCAGAGGUGGAGUUCACAACAGACUGGCAAAAAGACGCAGAGCGCAGAGACCUCACUAUCAACUCCAUGUUUUUAGGGUUGGAUGGGACCCUAUAUGAUUACUUCCAAGGAUAUGAGGACCUCAAGAACCGAAAGGUUCGGUUUGUUGGCAGUGCUGAGCAAAGGAUUCAGGAGGACUACUUGAGAAUAUUACGAUACUUCAGGUUUUAUGGCCGGGUGUCAGUAAAGGCAGCGGAACAUGACCCUGCCACCUUGGAGGCCAUCAGGGAAAACGCCCGUGGCCUGGCAGCCAUAUCAGGGGAGCGCAUCUGGGUUGAGCUGAAGAAGAUGGUGGUGGGAAACCAUGCUGCCCACCUACUAAAGGUCAUGUAUGAGCUGGGCCUGGCUCAGUACAUAGGUUUACCUGCAGAGGGCGACGUGGAGGAGUUGAAGCAGAUCUGGCAGCAUGUGAAGGACCAUUCUCCCAAGCCCGUGACUGUUCUGUCGGCCCUGUUCCGCUGCUCCCAGGAUGUGGAGAAGAUGGAUCUGAGGCUGAAGGUCUCCAGGGAGGAGAAGAACCUGGGUCUGUUCCUGGUCAAACACAGACGGGACCUCCAUAAGUCCCAGGAUGAUCCAGACAGCCUGAAGCCCUACACUGAUUUUAUCAUAGAUAGUCGGGAGGUGGAUGCUCAGAGUAAAGUAUGUGAACUGCUCAAGUACCAAGGAGAGGACAAGUUACUGGCAGAGAUGAGCAGAUGGUCCAUUCCUCGCUUCCCCGUGAGUGGGCACGACUUGAGGAAGAUGGGCAUCACCUCAGGCAAGGAGAUCGGCACUACCCUACAGAACCUACGAGAUGUGUGGAAAAGGAGCCGUUACCAGAUGGACAAAGACGAGCUGCUUUGUCAUGUUAACAAGACAUAAUUCCAGUGUGUAGCAGGUGUUACCCCCUCAUACACCUCUGUUGUUUUCCAGACUGAGUGUUGAAUAUGAAAAUGAGAAAGAAACCCCACAAGGACUGAAUCAUAUUUACUGUGUUUAACUAAUUUAGCCCAGUGCAGCACUUAGAGUUUGGGUAUUAUGCUCUCAGCUGCACAGUUGUCCUAUGAAGAAAGUUUGUAAUCAACCUAAGCCACUGCAGUAUCUCAACAUCUGUGGCAUUAUUGAUAUCAGAACUAUUAUUUUGUACAUUUCCUGCCCCGAAAUGCCUUUGAGAUUGGCCAAUCUGCUGUUGGGAUUUUAGUUGGGAUUCAGUCAAUACGAUUAAGUGGAAAACAGGAUAUUUUGCCAAUUCUCAAUGGUGAUUGGAGAGAUUUGAGCAAUGAAAGGCUAAUGAGCAAUGUGGAAUUGUUUUAAAUGCCCUAUAAUCAUAUCUCAGAAAGCCGGUCUUCUUUGACCAAUGUAGUGAACCGAAUAAAUCUGUAUUUCAUGGACUGAGAAAAAA